AGUGCCGUUUGGCGGAUGACAGUUUGUUUUUCAGAGCGGGCCCGUCUGACAAGAGCGAAAAUUCACAGGCCUAACUACUGGGAUUUAUUGUCUUCUCGUCAAGAUGAGACAUCUUGAUCCUAAUUCCACAGGAUAUGAAUCCUGGCAACCUAUCUGUGUACAACAGCUCUAGCCCAGCUGAGGGAAAGAGUGAACAAGCAUGAUGCUGCUGGCCUCCUCACCACACCGACUACAGCAAACACGCGUUUCCCCCAUGGAGUUUUAACCCCUUUAGGAGCACAGACUGUCUCAGCCCUCCAACACAAGUAAAGGAACACACAGGUAUGUAUGAGCACUGACAGAUCUAAUAGCCCCUUCCCUUUGGUUCAAUACCAGAACUGCGCCUGAAUACCGAACAAAGUACUAGAGAGAGAGAAAAAGAAGAGACUGAGGGUCCCAUGUGUCAUUGGGCUGAGGGGCUUUCGCCAUGAGCAGUACUCUGGGCAAAGAUAAAGACUCUAAGGAGAGGGAACCGAAAGCCGAAGGGAAAUCCAAAACCAAAGGGAAAGAUGCCAAAGACGGGAAGAAGGACGCAAGUGGCGCUUCGCCCGCCGUGGCCUUCACCUUGGAUAGCACGAUAAAACGCCCCAACCCGCCGCCCAGCACCCGCAAAAAAUCCAGCAAUGCGGAGGUCAUCAAGGACCUUAAUAAGUGCCGCGAGGAGAACUCGAUGCGCCUGGACCUUUCCAAGAGAUCCAUCCAUCAGUUGCCCUCUUCCAUCAAGGAGUUGACCCAGCUGACCGAGCUCUACCUGUACAGCAACAAGCUGCAGAGCCUCCCGCCGGAGGUGGGCUGCCUGUCGGGUUUGGUGACGCUGGCGCUCAGCGAGAACUCUCUCACCAGCCUGCCCGACGCUCUGGACAACCUGAAAAAGUUGCGUAUGCUUGACCUUCGGCAUAACAAACUGCGGGAGAUUCCAGCCGUGGUCUACCGCGUCACCUCUCUCACCACGCUCUACCUGCGCUUUAAUCGCAUCACCACCGUGGAGAAGGACAUCAAGAACCUGUCCAAACUCACCAUGCUCAGCAUCCGAGAGAACAAGAUUAAACAGCUUCCCGCAGAGAUCGGUGAACUAUGUAACCUGAUAACGCUGGAUGUAGCACACAACCAGCUGGAGCACCUUCCUAAAGAGAUUGGCAAUUGCACUCAGAUCACCAACCUCGACUUGCAGCACAAUGAACUUCUUGACCUACCUGAGACUAUAGGUAACCUGUCGAGUAUAAACCGUUUGGGCCUAAGGUACAACCGUCUUUCAGCGAUCCCUCGAUCCUUGGCGAAGUGCCGAGAGCUGGAGGAGCUUAACCUUGAAAACAACAACAUUUCAGUGUUACCAGAGGGUCUUCUCUCCAGCCUGGUCAACCUGACGAGUCUGACGCUGGCAAGAAACUGUUUCCAGUCUUACCCAGUGGGAGGCCCUUCCCAGUUCUCCACUAUCUACUCUCUCAACAUGGAGCACAACCGUAUCAACAAAAUCCCUUUUGGCAUCUUCUCCAGAGCCAAAGUGCUCAGCAAGCUCAAUAUGAAGGACAACCAGCUAACGUCCCUCCCACUGGAUUUUGGGACGUGGACCAGCAUGGUGGAGCUGAACUUGGCAACAAACCAGCUCACCAAGAUUCCAGAGGAUAUCUGCGGCCUUGUGUCUUUAGAGGUUCUUAUAUUGUCCAACAAUCUAUUGAAAAAGUUGCCUCACGGGAUUGGGAAUUUACGGAAACUACGAGAGCUUGACUUGGAGGAGAACAAACUGGAGUCCCUCCCAAAUGAGAUUGCCUACCUUAAGGAUCUACAGAAACUUGUGCUGACCAAUAAUCAGCUGACCACUUUGCCUAGAGGUAUCGGUCACCUGACAAACCUGACCUACCUGGGCUUGGGAGAGAACCUACUGCAGCACCUACCUGAGGAGAUCGGUACACUGGAGAACCUUGAGGACCUGUACCUAAAUGACAACCCUAACCUGCACAGCCUGCCGUUUGAGUUGGCCCUAUGCAGUAAGCUGUCCAUAAUGAGCAUAGAGAACUGCCCCCUCAGUCACCUCCCACCCCAGAUCGUCGCUGGUGGUCCUUCAUUUAUCAUCCAGUUCCUAAAGAUGCAGGGGCCCUACCGAGCUAUGGUCUGAAAUGUCAUGCUUGAGGCUUACACACUGUAGAGGAAAAAACAGAAUCGCUUUUAUGUCGUCUCGAAGACAUCUAGGACAGCAAACUGCAUAACUGGGUUCCAAAUGGAGGAAUAAUAGCCAGUUAGGCCCCCUUUACCCCAGUCGAGUAGAACACAAUGUCUAGACUUUUGUUGCCAAAAUUAAUGAUUAUGUAUCAGUGAUUCUGAGAAGCGACGCUCUUAAAAUGUUUCAAUCAUUUUGCCAAUUUAUUGAAAGUCAUUAUAGUGGUUCUUGGCACCAGGAAAAACAGUCGUAUGCAAAACAAAACGUUUUUUCAACUUCAUUUUUGAGAAACAACUUCAUUUUUGCUGCUGCUGCCGCCAUACUGUAUGUUAGUUGUUUGAUUUUUUUAUUUGUUUGAUUUUUUUGUAUUUAUUUUUUUUAGAUCUUUUCAUCCCACAACCAAAAGAUUUUUAUUGUACAGAGGACCUGUUCGGAAGCAGAGAACAAAUUUUAGUGUUUAAUUUUUUAUUAUUAUUAAUAUUAUUAUAGAAAUUGUGCCUAUUCAGUGCAGUUGGGUGGUUUGUGUCUGAACAUAAGUAUCCAAGAGGUUUUUAAUACAAAAAGGUUGAAUUUACAAAAGCAUAAUUUAUUCCGUAAUUCCUUUUUUGUAAUAAUUUUGAUUACUCAAUCAGUCCCAUUUUUCAAUAUUCAUUCCUAUUCAGUGUUGGGAUAGGCGUGCCAUGUUGCUAUGCUUGAAGUUGGUAAAUCUGCAGUGAUCAGUAACGUUUUCUUUCAUUAUAGGAACCGGUUUAGAGAAAAUGAAAUAACGUAACCAAGAUCUAGAUUUGUUUUAAUCGACAACAAUCACGUCAUGGGUUUCGCUAAUAAGGUGCAGGUCUGGGUUGUGGGUCUAAGAUUGUUUACUUGUUUGCCAUAUCCACAGUGUUGCGCUCUGCUUGUGUUCUAUCAGUUUGCAUCUACAUAUCAGGUGCUGAACGUUGCUAGCAGUUAAAGGCCCACAUUUACUGUGAGGAAUGCCAAAACACCCAUUCACAUCAAUUUUUUCGUUAAUUUUGAAGGAUUUUAUGGUCCGGUUCGCCAGUAAUGGCGUUAUGGGACCGGUCUUAAACGUAACCCCCUGAUUUCUGCUCUUUUAACUGUUCAGAACACUGAACCUCGACAUGGUCACAGGAUCCUUAUUUUGUUUCAUACACCGCCCCUCUUAUGCUGCUGCUUUUAAUGCACUUUGUAUUGAUAUUUGGCAUCCACCUCAAGUAAAAGGGUCGCGAUUUUUUACGUUACCGAUUAAACAAAUGGUUGGGGGCAUUUUUAUUAUAAUUUCUAAAGUAUUUUAUCGUUUAUUUUAAUUGUCUAUCAUGUAUAUUGUAUAACAAUGAAUGAAAAAAGUUUGCCUCAGCAAAUUUAAAUGUUAACACAUUCUAUUAAGAACUUAGAUUUUUUUUGAGGAUUUAAUGCUAUCUUUAUUAAAUGUUUUGAUUUGAA